GGACUGUAUAAAAUGGCAAGUGGUUCUGGCAGAAGGCCUAUUAGUGAACUGUCUACCUCCAGAAACCAACAUGAAUAGUAGAAUCUUUUCCGUUAUUGUAAGCUGCCUGCUCUCCAGCAACUUCUUUAUUGGCUUCGGUCAGAGUGGGUUAGUGGAACGCAGUUUGGCAGCUCAGAGCUUCGGUCCAAGUAGGCUAGUUCCAGGCGUCGGUCUGAGUAGGCUAGUUCCAAGCGCCGGUCAGACUAGACUAGUGAAAAGAGGUUCAGAACCCACCCUUGAUUUGACUCUAUCCGUCCUCAACGACAUUUUGAUUAUCAGAAACACCACCUCCAACAGGGCCAUCCUUAUUGACACAGAACAGGAUGUAAUUCUUCUAUUGGACGGUGGUGAAAGUUCUGGCAUUGUCAUCAGCCAAAAAAGAAACAAAGGUAAUCUUAUUCCUGAUGGUCUUUGGGAUGCUGAUCAACAAUCUCUAACCGAGUAUCUAAGCUCUAUUGACAAUGACAUUUCAACCCUUUUGAACCGACCAAGCGGCACGGAUUGCUCUAUUCCCCGUGUACACAUAAGUAUUUUGACGGAAAUCAAAAACAUUGUAGUUGAUUUGGUAGUUUCUAUAGUCCCUGAACUAGAACAACGUCCAGAAUUAGCUCUGGAACUUGUAUUGUCUGUUGCUACAGGUAUUGACACCUUACUUGAAGGGAGUCUAAAAGGAAUUCUUGCAGCUGUUGGAGACCAACAAAUUCAACUUUCCAUCGAUAUCAGUGGAGUCCUAAAUGUUCUUCAAGGUGUUGAUACGCUUAACGGAUACUUGGAUGAAACAGCUCAAGAUGUCAUAACCAGAAACGGCAAGAUUGAUAUUGGAAAUCUUUUGGGAGCUCGUGAUGGUUUAGCUGCUCUUAGCGACACAUUGCGUGUAUUGUCAGAAAUCGAUGAUCUAUCUGCUUUGAACGACCUUCUUGGAAAUCCGGAAUCGUUGGCCAAACUUAUUGCUCAGUUUGGAGGAAAUAGUAAUGUGGGAAUCACUGGUGUUUUCAGGGUUGUUGGAGAGAUUCUCGCUUAUGCCAAUGGCAAUUCAAAAUUGGAACGUGUUAUCAGUAUCCUCAUUCAAGUUGUAGCCGAAUCCAGCGAAGUAGUCAAGGAUGAUCUUAGCAGCCAUUUAAGAAACUCGUUGUCGAAUCUUUUGGAAACUUUGAAACAGAUUCGUUGCACUGAAACGCUUAACGGCUUGGUUACGAUUGUCCAAGAUCUAUUAAAAGAGCAAUUAGUUGUUGAUGGAGUUAAUAUUUCCGACAUCAUCUCAACUAUUCUUGCUGGCGUUAUCGUACCAAAAGAAAAGUUACUUGGUGUUAUUGUCACUGUCUUGCAAAGCUUGUCUCCUAUUGUAGAUCCCUCCCAAAGUAUUCCAAAACUUCUUUUCGUUCUCAUCGUUCAACUUGACAGUGCUACGGGUAUCAGAAAUCUAAUUUCUUUGGGAUUGGAUCUUGGACGUCCAGGCUGCAUUUGUAGCUUACUGGAAGCCGCUCUAGAAGCAAUUGAAAAAUUGAUAGAUGAACUAUCCGAAGAUUUAUACGCUGCUUCCUGCGAAUUGCCCAUUAUUAGUAACAUUAUUUUGGUUUUGGAAGCCGUCCUUGAAAUUGAAAAUCUGAACUUGAAAGAAUUAUUGUUGAGCGCUUCUGAGACUCAAGAGUUGAUCGUAGGAGUGUUCCAACUAGUAUCAGAAGUUGAACUUGGAGUAGCCGUUAUUCAGCUCGAGGCGGUCACAGAAAUUUUGAGUUGGUGCAACGGACUUGCUACCCUUGUAGCAAUUGACGUAACAGUUACCAUUGUUGUUAUCACAUAGGCGAAAUUGUGGAGAUUAGGCGACUUGCUUUUUUACUUGGACAAAAUCUAUGUACGUAUUUUAUAGCUUUCAGCAAUUUGUAGUG